CUAAGGGUGAAAUUCCCAAGAAUAUUCGACAGUUAAGUCCAUCUAAAGAUGCAAGAGAAAUCAAGUAUUUUAGUCGAGUAAGAUAUUAAUGUUAUUUCGCUAAGUUUAGACCAUGCAUGGUACCAAAAUCGACAUGCAAAUAGAUUGACUUAUACAGUAAAGUUCGAAAGACAAAAAAGUUUUGAAAUUACUGUGUUAAACGUCUUCGCCCUCCGUUUAAUCUUAAAUGAUUUUGCAGUAAAUCUUAAUAAUUGCUGUUCCUUCACUUUAUGAUAAGAGUGUCAUUCAGUGCCUCUACGUUUAAAUUAAACAAUUUAUUAUCUCCACUGUUGACUAGUUUUAUUUUCACGAGUUUCCUUUCUUUUUUUACUUUAGAUAAACGAGGAUAUCAAAAAGAAAUUUGUCCACCAGGGCAACCAGAGUAAACUGACACACCAUAUGAAUUUGGAAAAAGGAGGUCCGGUUGGAAGUGGCGCCGAAGUAGGUAAAAUUUGGCACAGAAUCCUUAAAAAAUACAUAGAUAAUCCUGAACAGCAUGGCGAUGGAGCAGGUGAAGCUGUGAUAAAAGCCUUACAAUCGGAGGGAAAUAUUGUAAAAGAUAUUAAAUUUUUACAAACCGAAUUUCCUCUGUACGGGUUCAUAAGCGACAAGGAAACUUUGGAAAUUUCUUUUUGGAACGGAAACGCUGACGCAAUUGGAUGGUUUGAUGACCGUUACGUCAUCGUAGAUUGGAAGGCGGUCGAUCUUCUGCUCUUCUGGGAGAAAAAUAAACACGCAUACGGAGAUUAUUUACACCAGUGCUUAGUUUAUGCGCGACUUUUGCAGCUACAUUUGGGUCUUGACGAGCUACCGCAUAUUUUGAUUGUGCCAAUCAGUAACAAAACUGGUAAAGAAAUUCACCCCGCUAUGUUUAAUAACGUUCCCGAUGAAUGUAAAAACGAAAUACAGCUAUACAAUUGGUCAAAGGUGCCAAUAUCGGUGACAAAAAAAAUAAAAAAUUGGAUGGUCAAAGAUGCCUUUAAAAAUAGUGAUGUUCCAGAUGAUACUAAAGUACAAGAUGUGUUUAACGAUGAUGUUACAGUAAGGCAACUGUUAGAUGCACUUACAUCAAAACUAACAGGAUUAAAAGUUGAGGAUUAA